AUGCUCUGGCCGUUCUUCCACCACGGCAGCGACUCCGGCAUGAUAAGCUUCCCCGAAGAUGUAGUCGAGAGCAGGCCGAAGCCAUCUAUCUUGGAAAGGCCGCCGGAACUUGAUGCUACUGCUGGAGGGUAUCAGGAUACUCAAGGUUAUGAGACGAUUGUGAAGCCACAAAUCUUCAGCGUGGGGGAUGUCGCUGGCGGACCGGCCAGUGCCAUGGCGUCCAAAGUAGUCCAACUUGAUAGCUCCAGACCUAAUGAACAAAUUUUCCAGCAACAAGUCAACAGCGCUUCUUUCAACUUCUUGCAAAGAUUCCUUGAUCCGGAAACUCUCGGAUGGAAGCUGGCGAAGCAACUCAAGUUGCCUGAGGUCGACAAGGACAGGGCACAGAACUAUUUCCUCAAUGCAAUCAUAAAGCUCGACGAGGGGUGGGCAAAUGCUGAACGUGCCGUAUUCGUUGAUGCCCUAGACACAAUUCUCGCUCUGUCCGAGGCUUCAGACGGAGCAUUUGCAACCCUCCAUGGCGUCAAGGACAAGACCCCGGAAUGCCUCUGUGGCAGGAGACAUUGGUAUACAGACUGCUGGUAUCUCAAUGCUUCGAUCAGACCAUCAGGUGGGAAGCCCGAUGAUGAGAUCGACCGAACGAUCAAGGCGAAACUUGACGAGUCACCACGGCGAAAGAAGCACAUCGAGAGGAUCCUGAAAGCCGCAUGGUCGUCUGCAAAGUCCAGGAAGGAUGCCAAUGGGACCAAUGGCAGUAAGAAGAUCUCCUUACUUGAGCCAGACGACGACGGGUGA